UCUAUUUAAUGCUCACAAGUGUCACCGUUCUUUCACUAGAAAAGCUAGGAACUUAAACCAGCGAUAUGAUGGCCGGCACAGAUUCAUCAAAUGUCCUUCGUGAAUUCCCCACAAUCGACCGAUGUUCCUCCGACGGUCGUGACGAUCACUCGGUGGUGGCUGACAUGGACGGAACGUUGUUGGUCGGACGCAGCUCGUUCCCUUAUUACGCAGUCGUGGCAUUCGAAGCCGGCGGCAUUUUCCGGCUGCUGUUUCUCCUCUUGGCCACUCCGCUCGCCGGAGUUUUCUACUACUUUAUCUCAGAGUCCGCCGGAGUCCGCGUGCUGAUAUUCGCGACGUUUGCAGGGAUGAAGGUGUCCAGUAUCGAGUCGGUGGCGCGUGCCGUCCUGCCCAAAUUCUAUUCCGCCGACCUGCACCCCGAGACGUGGCGCGUUUUCUCGUCCUGUGGGAGGAGAUGCGUGCUCACCGCGAAUCCAAGAAUCAUGGCGGAGACAUUCUUGAAGGAAUAUUUGGGCGCUGAUAUGGUUAUGGGGACAGAGAUUUCGACGUAUAAAGGCAGAGCCACUGGGUUCGUGAAACAUCCUGGGAUCCUUGUCGGGGAAAACAAAGCUAACGCCGUUCGUAAUGCAUUUGGAUCUUCAUCGGCUCCUAAUGUUGGCCUGGGCUAUCGUGACAGUGAUUUUCUGAAACUCUGCAAUGAAAGUUACUUGGUUCCACCGGAGCCGGAGGUGAAGCCGUUGAGCGCUGACAAGUUGCCAAGGCCGAUAGUUUUCCACGACGGCCGGCUGGUUCAAAAGCCAAGUCCUAUAAUGGCCCUUUUGAUCAUUCUCUGGAUCCCAAUAGGCUUUCUUCUAGCUUGCUUGCGUAUCGCCGCCGGGGCGCUCCUCCCGAUGCCGGUGGUGUACUAUGCUUUCUGGGCACUGGGCGUCAGAGUCUCCGUAAAAGGCACCCCGCCGCCGCCAGCUUCCAAGUCCACCGGCCAAACAGGAGUCCUCUUCGUAUGCUCGCACCGAACACUUCUCGACCCGAUUUUCCUCUCCGCCGCCCUGGGCCGCCCCAUUCCGGCCGUCACAUACUCGCUCUCACGCCUCUCCGAGAUCAUCUCCCCCAUCAAAACCGUGCGCCUGAGCCGCGACCGCGUCACCGACGCCAACAUGAUCAAGAAGCUAUUGCAAGAAGGAGACUUAGCCAUAUGCCCCGAAGGGACAACAUGCAGGGAGCCAUUACUGCUGAGAUUCUCCGCGCUGUUCGCGGAAUUAACCGACGAGCUGGUGCCGGUGGCGAUGUCGAACAGAAUGAGCGUGUUUCACGGGACGACGGCGACAGGGUGGAAAGGAAUGGACCCCUUCUACUUCUUCAUGAACCCCAGCCCCGCCUACGAAGUCAACUUCUUGAACAAGCUGCCGCGUCAACUCACUUGCGGCGCCGGAAAAUCCAGCCACGAUGUCGCGAAUUACAUACAGAGGAUAAUUGCGGCGACAUUAUCGUACGAGUGCACCGGCUUUACUAGGAAGGACAAGUACCGAGCUUUGGCCGGAAACGAUGGAACCGUGAAUCAUAAAGCCAGACUCGUUCCUAACAAAGUAAUGGGCUGCUAACAUCCAUUGAUACCUUCCCUGCCAUUUUUAGCUUCUUCACUGAUCUCCAUUACGAUCCACUAUACACACAAUACAAAUCUGCACGUUGCUCUUUCAAUUACAAAUGUAGU